CGUGGGUCGGGGGGGGGGGACACACGGGGGAAGGUGUCCCCCGGGGGAAGGGGCCAUCGGCCGUGGCCUUGCCGAGCUGGGUGGGAGGGAGUCGGCUGCGGGCUGCCAUGGCUCUGGGGCUCUCCGCCAAGAAAACCUCUUCCAGGAACAUCGCCGUGGAGAGGAAAAACCUCAUCACCGUCUGCAGGUUCUCGGUGAAGAGCCUGCUGGACAAAUACACGGCAGACCCCAUCGACGACUCCUCGGAGGAGUUUGUGAACUUUGCUGCCAUCCUCGAGCAGAUCCUCAGCCACCGCUUCAAAGGUCCCAUCAGUUGGUUCAGCUCGGAUGGGCAGCACGGGUUUUGGGAUUACAUCCGCCUGGCCUGCAGCAAAGUCCCCAACAACUGCGUCAGCAGCAUCGAGAACAUGGAGAACAUCAGCACCUCCAGGGCCAAGGGCCGGGCCUGGAUCCGUGUGGCACUGAUGGAGAAACGGAUCUCUGAGUACCUCACCACAGCCCUGAGGGACACCCGGACCACCCGGAGGUUUUAUGAGGAUGGGUCCAUCAUGCUGCGGGAAGAGGCCGUGGUGCUCACUGGGAUGCUCGUCGGGCUGGGGACCAUUGACUUCAGCUUCUGCCUGAAGGGUGAGGUGAUGGAUGGGAAGAUGCCCAUGGUCAUUGACUACACCCCCUACCUGAAGUUCACCCAGAGGUAUGACCACCUGAGUGAGGAGGAGGAGAGGGGCAGCGUGGGGAGCAGCACGAGUGAGGACAGCUCCCCCGACCACCCCUACCUGCCCCUGGUCACUGAUGACGACAGCUGGUACAACAAGUGGCGCAAGAUGGAGAAGAAAUUCCGCAUCGUGUAUGCCCAGAAGGGGUACCUGGAGGAGCUGGUGAGGCUGCGGGAGUCGCAGCUGAAGGACCUGGAGGCAGAGAACAAGCAGCUGAAGCUGCGGCUGGAGGAGGUGAUGGUGCAGAACCAGCUGGAGAAGAGGGAGCUGGAGGGCGUCAUCCUGGAGCUGCAGGAGCAGCUGACGGGGCUGAUCCCCAGUGAGAACCCCCAGCUGACCCAGCUCUCCAAGGAGAUGGUGACACCCCUGGUGAACCAGUGGCCCUCCCUGGGGACCCUCAACGGCAACGAGAGCAGCUCGGACAGCAAACUGUACAGGAGGCAAAGCUUCGUGAGCACCGAGCAGCUCUCACCCGGCAACAGCCUCAGCUCCGACUCCCAGUGCCUGGGCGAGGGCAAACGCGAAGGGGAGCCCUGGGGGCCCUUGGGGAAGGAUCCCACCCCCUCCAUGCUGGGGCUCUGCGGCUCCCUGGCAUCCCUGCCCAGCUGCAAAUCCCUGCCCAGCCUGAAAUCCAGCGAGUGCCUGGUGAGCGACAGCACCCAAGGCAGCCCGACCCGCACCCCCAGCUGAGACCCCCGACCCCCCCCUCCUCACCCGGACCCAACCUCACCACACACCAGUGACAGCCUCGCCCCCUCCUCACCACCCCGGGACCGCCGAGGGAAUUCGCCGAACCCCCGGGAAGGUUGGGGAUGGAUGGAUGAUGGAUGGAUGGGGUUUCUCCUCCCCCCCCCCCCCCGCCCCUUCCCCAAUUUGACACCGCAUCCCUUGGCUCGGACUCCCGGUUCGGUUUGGAGGCGUGGACCUCUUGGGAUGGGGCUGCCGGACCCAUGGGAGCCAGGGAAAAAAACUGUGCUGGGGGGUGGAUGGGGACAAGGGGUAACAGCAGCUGGGGGGCAGAGCCAGAAGCUCCCCCCCCACCCAGGGGUGCGGGUCUGGGUGCAGCCCCCGUAUCUGUCUCAUCCCCUGCCCACCCAGUAUGGGGGGGGGGGGGGGGGCUCUCCCACCCUUUUGGGGACCUGUCCCCCCCUUGGAGCAACAUCCCCAUGACAGGGAUAGGCUCUUUCCCUCCCCCCUCCCCUUCCCCAUCCCCCCCCCCCCCGGCGUUGUUUUGGGUGGUUUUUGGGUUUUAAUUUAGUUCCAUCUGCCCUGGUGAAGCAAAAGGAAUCAAUAAACACAGCAAGCUGAGCUGGCUUCC